GGAGGAGACAAGGAGGAGGUCAGAGGAACGGCGGAGUGGGAAAGCGGGGGCGGAGAGGGGUAACCAUUGCCAAGGUAUUCCGCCGAGAAAUAGUGGGCGUUGCAAACACAACAAACGCGCACUUGGACAUGACAUAGUGGGGAAUUCCACCGCCUUCAAUAAUUACAUCGAACGCUGCAGGAUGGCUUCCGCACUGAAGCCAGGCAGCAAAGAUGCGCCCACAAAUCCACGAGGCAUCCCCGUUGCGCCGUUCGUCGACCGAGUCGAAGAUUAUGUUACGGACCGUUCAGAGGUGGAGAGCACAAUCAACAGCUUCAAGGAGAUGAUCUCAAAGUACCAGUUCAUGGAAGUAAAUACGCAACGACGGGCGGCUGGCUUGAGGGAUAAAAUUCCUGAUAUCAAGAAGACCUUGGAGACGGUUCGCUUUCUCAAAUCACGCGAUGCGGACGCAGAGCCCAUCGAGACCACCUUCGAACUAAACGAUACCCUCUACGCAAAAGCGGAAAUUCCUCCCUCGGACGAAGUGUACCUAUGGCUUGGAGCAAAUGUCAUGUUGGCGUAUCCCAUACCCGAGGCUGAAGAAUUGCUGAACACAAAGCUUUCCACGGCGAAACAGAGCUUGGCCAAUUGCGAAGAAGACAUGGAGUUCUUGAGGGAGCAGAUCACAACAUUGGAGGUUGCUUUUGCCCGCGUAUACAACUGGGAUGUCGCGCAACGACGGAAGGAAAGGCAAGAGGCGGAAUCGGCAGAAGGAAAAAAGGAGAAGUCUUGAGGAAUUAGGAAUUCAAUACUAUAUACUGCCGCUUGGGUCAUACACGGACUGAGGGUAGCUUUCCAAGAUGAUGACAUUGGAUUAACAGAAAGAAAUUCCUGAAGUAGGCCAUAUCUCGAACAAAAAAAUGAGAACCAAUAUAUCCAUCAAUCCCAAUUUUAGACCAUUUAC